CACAGGAAGAGCUGAUAGUGUUUAAAGAAAGAGUUGAGAUCAUAUACUGAAGAGAAAGACUGAGAGACAGAGAGAAUGUCUGAUAAUAAUCAUCUGUGUCUGCUGGGACUGAUCUUUCUCUCUUCACUUCUCACAGGUGUCAGUGGAGUGGAUGAGACUCAUGUGUUCAUCAGUUCUGGUGGAAACGUCACUCUUCCCUGUAAUAAUGCUGUUCCUGGCUGUAACUCAACUGUAUGGAAUUAUAAUAACAGAUUCAGAUAUUCAGCAGCAGUUGAACUAAUUGCUUUAGGGAUAAAGAAGAAAGACACAGAGAGACAUGAGAGACUGAGUCUGGGGUCUGACUGCUCUCUGAACAUCAGGAACAUCUCAACAGAAGAUCAUGGAUCGUACAUCUGUCAACAAUGGACUGGUGAGGGUGGACCACGACUAAGACCUGAUGCUGGUGUUUAUCUGCAUGUUCUUCAUGUCUCAUCCUCACACACUGAGAUCAGUUCAGGUCUCUCUGUGACUCUCUUCUGUCGGCUGUAUUCAUAUCCUCAAGUCUCUUGUGAAUAUUGGAUCCGUUCUGAGAGAAUUGAUCUGUUCUGGGUGAAUCAGGCUGGUGUUAAACUGAAUAUAUCAGACUCCAGAUAUCAGAUAUCAUCCUCAUCAGAUCCCUGUAUCAUCUCUCUGAAUAAAACACUCCUGAAUGAAGAUCACAACAGAGAGUGGAGAUGUGAAGUUACUCAGAGAGAUCAAGUCAAGACCUCAGUCACAUACACUGUCAAGAGUUCAGCUGGAGCUGAUUCAACAACAGCAGUGAACACACACGUAAUUAAAGAGAUUUUGACCAUUCUUAAGACUGCAGUGUUUGCUGCUCCUACUGUGAUUCUUCUUCAGAUCAUCUGUGCAAGAAGAGCUGGAAAGAAGGACUUGCAGCAGACAGAGGAAAUAGAGAUUAAUACAAUAAUAUAAUAAAAUAUUCUACAAAUAACAGGACAUAUUUAAGAUUUAUAAUCAUCUCUAUGAACAUUAUGGAUAUUUGCAUACAGUUUUUAAGGAUAUUUUCCAGUGUUCCAUACUGUACUGAAUACAUAAAAUAUAAUUAAAUAAUAUAAAUAAAA